UACGGGGUUGCAAGCGGACGAAGCUUCUUGUGCUGCGGUAAGCGAGGGGGUAGCGCGGGCGCACGGGCCAACGGGGACAAAGAGAACAGCAAGCGACUCCGACCUCCGUGGCUUCGACGUCUAGACACGCCUAACAAGAACACUCGUCAUCUGCGCUCACCGGGGCAGUUUGUUGAAGGUCUCGUAGUCAAUUUGUGUCGAACAUUGAUCUGUCAACUCGCAAAAUGGUCGUCCUCGCAGCGUCGAUAUGCACCCGCGGGGGCAAGGCAGUCCUCUCGCGUCAAUUCAGAGAAAUCGCUCGUUCUAGAAUUGAAGCUCUUCUCGCAUCCUUCCCCAAGCUAGCUGACUCUGGAACACAACAUACGACCGUGGAGCAAGAUAAUGUCCGCUUUGUCUACCAGCCCCUGGAUGAGCUAUACAUCGUCCUGAUCACAAACCGCCAAUCCAAUAUUUUGCAAGAUAUCGACAGCCUUCACCUUUUCGCCCAAGUCACCACCAGUAUCUGCAAGAGCUUGGAUGAACGAGAGAUUGUGCGCAAUGCGUUCGAAUUGCUCAGUGCGUACGACGAGCUGGUCACGCUAGGAUACAGAGAGAAUCUAUCAGUUUCUCAGAUCAAGACAUUUCUGGAGAUGGAGAGUCAUGAGGAGAGAAUUCAAGAGAUCAUCGAGCGGAACAAAGAAUUGGAGGCCAGCGAGGAGCGCAAGAGGAAGGCCAAGCAGCUGGAAAUGCAACGAAAGGAGGCCGCCCGGAGCGGUCGUUCUAUGGCGCCUCGGACUCCAUCCUACCCUGUGUAUACGCCUCCAUCCCGCCCUGCUGUGCCCGAAACAUAUGACACCUACGAGGCAGAGAAGAAGAAGACCUUCGCUAAGCCGUUACCUGUCCGUGGCAAGGGUAUGCAGCUCGGCAAGAAGUCGAAAACUACUGAUAUCUACGAGAAAGUCCGUGGCGACUUGGGCCCCGAGGCAGAGGAGGCCACCCCACUGGUGACCCCGCAGGCACCGACCCCCGUUGCCAACACAGUGUCUUCCGCUCGUGCGUCGCUGUCUGGGGAUCGUGAACCCGUUCAGGUGACAAUUGCCGAAACUAUCUCCGCUACACUUACCCGGGAGGGAGCCCUUAGGUCGUUUGAAGUGAAGGGCGAUUUACAGCUUCGCAUUACCGAUCCCGCUUUCACCAAAGUCAGACUCGACCUCCUUGCAGUCCCCACGCAUGGCGCGCAGUUCCGCACCCAUCCGAAUGUUGACAAGGCUGUCUUCACAAACGACUCCGCAAUCCAGCUGAAAGAUACCACUAAGCGAUUCCCAGCCAACAACUCAAUUGGUGUUUUGCGCUGGCGUGUCGCUAGCUCUGGGUCUGACAACGCUGAAAUACUUCCUAUCACGUUUACCGUGUGGGUCAACAAGGGCUCUGAUUCGACUACGGUCACGGUCGAGUACGAACUCACUGGCUCUGACAGCCUCCGGGAUGUUGUCGUUACUAUCCCCUAUCAGACGGCCGAGCCCGCGGUGUCUAGCUUCGACGCCGUGUAUGAAGUAUCUGGCGACAGUCUUGACUGGAACAUUGGCACGGUGGACGAGAGCAACGCAUCCGGAAGCUUUGAGUUCGAGUCAAGUGGUGAUGGCGAUGAAAACGAAUUCUUCCCUAUGAGUGUACGCUUCUCCAAGACCAGUCCUUUUGUGGAAGUCGAUGUCAAUGAGGUCUCUCUCUUGGAGAUGGAAGGAGAGAGCACCGCUUUCACCAAGGAUAUCAAGUGCGUUGCGGAAGGAUUUGUUAUUGAGUGAUCUUUCUACUUCAGUCGGGUGUAUAGAGUAUUAAUGACGUUCGGACUGCCCUUAUCUUCUACUCUCAAGAGACUUUCCAUAUCUUUUGUUUGCUUUUCUUCUAACCAGGGUUUCUUUCUUCCCAAUUUUGCAAUUCAAGCCUCACUUUUCAAUCAUACCACUCGCGCCUUGCCAGACUGUUCCGGAUGCUCAAACCCGCCUACGUGUCAAGGUUGGAUAGAAGCCACUCUACCAGGUCUAGGGCUGGCUGAGGACUAGGCUCGGCGAUUGCUGCGUGUCUCGACCAUCAAUAGAUGCAGCGAACGUUAUUGCCCGACAAACUCUAAAUUCUUGAAGACCAUCGGAGACGCAUUGUAGUAACAUCUCCGCUUCUCUGUGGGUUUGUGCUGAAGUCACCAAUUAACUGCCCACAGAACCUGAUGAGCUGGCUACGAGUUCCAGCCAAACCAGGCAA